GCAGAAGCAAAGCACCAUCUAGUCGCUGCUCUGUGUUUUGUUUUGGUUUCGGAGGAGCGCACGGGCGGGCACUGAUUAAGUAGCCUCAGCAGCGCGUUAAUAAAACACAAUUUGACAAGACAGUACAUCUGUAGUCGCUAUAUGAGACUACUGCUAGACUGGGAAUUUAACUAUACUCCAACAAAAUGACAACGGCAACAGACAUGGGGUCCACGAAAAUAACACCCGAGGUUCUAAAAGAGAUGUUACAAUAUUAUAACUUGACGCGACAAGAGUUUAUCGAUUCUUACAACAUACAGCCGCUGGUCUACAUUCCCGAGCUACCGUCGGGUGCGAAGACUAUUUUUGUGAUUAUGUAUGCUAUCAUUUUUGUUUUGGCUUUGGUUGGAAACAGUUUGGUUGUCUACAUAGUUGUGCGUAAAAGAUCCAUGCAGACGGCUACUAAUAUUUUCAUCUGUUCUCUGGCGGUAAGCGACUUGCUCAUCACUUUCUUCUGCAUACCGUUCACCUUGUUACAGAACAUCUCCUCCGAAUGGCUAGGAGGCGUACUGGUCUGCAAGGCCAUUCCAUUUGUCCAGACCACGGCUAUAGUCACCGGCAUCCUCACAAUGACCUGCAUCGCCGUGGAGAGGUACCAUGGAAUCGUAUUCCCCUUGAAAAUGAGGAGGCAGUACACACCGAAAAGAGCAUACAAGCUGCUAGGACUGGUGUGGAGUGCAUCCGUAGUGGUGGGAUCCCCGAUGCUGUUUGUCCAGCAGCUGGAGGUGAAGUAUGACUUCCUGUACGACCACCACCAUGUGUGUUGCCAGGAACGUUGGCGAUCCCUGACCCACAGAAAGGUGUACACCACCUUCAUCAUGGUGGCCCUGUUCCUGAUGCCGAUGGCGGCCAUGCUGUUUCUGUACACACGUAUAGGGAUAGAGCUGUGGAUCAGGAAGAGGGUGGGGGACUCCUCUGUCCUGAGUACCAUGAACCACAGAGAGGUCAUCAAAAUAUCCAGGAAGAAGAAGCGAGCUGUGAAAAUGAUGAUUACCGUUGUGUUGCUGUUCACUAUUUGCUGGGCACCAUUUCAUACAGUCCACAUGCUAUUUGAAUACAAAAACCUGGAGAGCUACGACGAGGUGACGGUGAACAUGAUCAUUGCCAUCGUCCAGGCGAUUGGGUUCUCCAACUCCUUCAACAACCCCAUCGUCUACGCCUUCAUGAACGAGAACUUCAAGAAGAGCUGCGUGGCCACCCUGUCCCACUGCCUCAGGAAGAACUCCGACCAGCAGGGAGGCGCUGUGGAGGCACCAAAACACCAGUCCGUGCGGUUCAUUAGACCACUCAAGAGGGAGGCCUUCACGGAGACCAUUGGUGGCGGGAGUGUUGGAGCCCAGGUGCAGGGCGAGCCAGGAAACGGAGAGUCGUCUUCGGCCUUUGCCGCAGAGAAUUUAACUGUGAACUCAGAGCUACCUGCGAGCAGCGUCGAUCUGUUGACGUAGUUUCUUGUUGAAGCCGUUAAUAUAAAAUGGGAAGCACAAUGGGCAAUUGGUGCCAAAAGUACAGUUGAAAUGACUAUGACCCUGCUGAUUAAGAUUGGUCGACUGGAACGUCAGCUGGUUUUCUCACAGUACCCUGGAUGUCCUUAGGGAGUCCCUACUGAUGAUUUUUCAACAGUGGCAUUUGAUUGUAUUUUACUCAACAACUCUGUGACUGAGAAAAUACUGACAGGAUGGUUUAUAGAGGUCUAAGCGAAUGGAACGCUUCUGAGUCAGAAUGGGUUUGAAUUCCACUGCUUUUUUGACUCCUCUCCACCUUCCACUUUUCUGUCUCUAUAAUAAAAACCAAAAUUACAAACAAGUGAGAUUGUCCCAUUAAAAAAUACCUUUAAAAUAUAAGUAAUAAUCAUGAUGGCACAAUCUAGGGAAAGAUGACAAAUGGAUUCGUUUUAUGAAUUUGAAUCAAUCACCUUUAACCUUUUAGGGCCUCAAAAGUGGCAUAUCCAUGUGGAAAGGGUCUUUCUCAAUGUUGAAAAAGUUACAUCACACUCAGAAGACAGAUAUCGACUUGGUUGUAUGUGUGUGAUCAAAUCAGCAUUGAAUGUUUUCUCGUUCCUUAUUUUCUUUACCAGAGCCCUGAUGGUGGUUACACCAUCCUUUUCCAUCUAGCCAUGGCAGUAGUUGGACACAGUGGAUCAUGAAUGUCUCAUCAACAGACUAAACACCUUGCUUCUCUGGUUUCAUGUCCAUCUGACAGACGAGAGGAAUUUGGCCCUUUUGAAUCCAAACCUGUCUAAUGUAUUUACAAUGACUAAUGUAUUUACAAUGUCUAAUGUAUUUACAAUGACUAAUGUAUUUACAAUGACUAAUGUAUUUACAAUGACUAAUGUAUUUACACAGAGCUCUGUUCCAGGGCCACUCCUGUUCCGCCUUCACCUGCUCCCACUUGGGAUGUUUAUCAAAGGAUUUGAACAACUGUCAUGUUUGUGCUGAUGACACUCAAUUACAUGUCAGGAGUGAAGGGGCCUCUGAGAGGGUAAAAAACCUGACACACCGCCUAGAUGUAAUCAAGAGAUGGAUGCAGUUGAACUUUGUGAGCUCAGUUGCAGCAAAUCAUAGCUGGAGAUUAUUGGUUUUAAAAUUGCAUGGGUGCAAGUUGUGCACAUCCUUCUGGAUAAUGAAUGCCACCACCUGCUUUUUUCCAAGGACCUAAGUGAGAUUUGGUUUGUGAAAUGAACAUGUCAAAAUGUUAAUCUAACAAGAAAAAAACACUUAAUAAAAACUUAAAAACUC